CUUCAUUUCAUCCAACCCAACCCAACUUAAUUAUUUUUCUCUCUUCUCAUCAACUCAAUUCCAAUAGUUAGUUCCUUCCUUCCUAGCUAGCUUGCAGAAGAAGAAAUAUUAUCAAUCGAUCAAUCGAUCAUGACCGUGAGUAAAACCGCAAAAUCAUUGUUUCCAAAUUGUUUUAAGAUCCAAGAGCCAAUAUCGAAUAAACCGAAAAAGAAAUCAGCGGUGGCAUCGCAUAACUCGUUUCCCAGAAUAUCGUUUACGGAUUUAAGCAGCUCUACUCUCUCUGAGGACAUAUCCAACUCGCUUGCAGGAUCUAACCUCCAUGUGUUCACGCUGGCUGAGCUUAAGCUAAUCACACAGUCCUUUUCUUCAUCUAACUUCUUGGGUGAAGGUGGGUUUGGACCGGUUCACAAAGGAUUCGUUGAUGAUAAACUUAGGCCUGGUUUGAAGGCUCAGCCUGUGGCUGUCAAGCUCCUUGACUUGGAAGGCUUACAGGGCCAUAGAGAAUGGCUGACGGAGGUGAUAUUUCUUGGAGAACUGAGGCACCCUCAUUUGGUGAAGCUGAUCGGAUACUGUUGCGAAGACGAACACAGGCUUCUCGUCUAUGAGUACAUGCCUCGUGGGAGCUUAGAAAAUCAACUCUUUCGAAGAUUUUCGGUUUCACUUCCAUGGUCAGUAAGAAUGAAAAUCGCUUUAGGAGCUGCGAAAGGACUCGCAUUUCUUCACGAAGCAAAAAAACCGGUUAUAUAUCGUGAUUUUAAAGCAUCAAACAUUCUUCUAGAUUCUGAUUACAAAGCAAAACUAUCAGACUUUGGACUUGCCAAGGAUGGUCCUGAGGGAGAUGACACACAUGUUUCCACCCGAGUUAUGGGCACACACGGCUACGCUGCUCCUGAGUACCUAAUGACGGGUCACUUAACAGCCGCAAGUGAUGUUUAUAGCUUUGGAGUUGUGCUAUUGGAGCUUCUGACAGGCAGGAAAUCACUGGACAAGAGUCGUCCUAACCGAGAGCAAAACUUAGCUGAUUGGGCUAGGCCUCAACUCAAGUGUCCUCGGAAACUCAGCCGAAUAAUUGACCCAAGACUCGAAGGGAUGUACUCAGAAUCAGGUGCUGAAAAGGCAGCACAACUGGCUUAUCAAUGUCUUAGCCAUAGGCCUAAAGCAAGACCUAACAUGAGCACAGUUGUUAAAACUCUUGAGCCGCUACAAGACUUUAACGAAGUCAACGUCGCACCCUUUGUUUACACGGCUCCAAAACAAGAGCAUAACCGUCAUCAUGACCAUGGCCAAAGGCAUAGAACGAAAUUGCCCUUGUCCCCGCAAUCACAUUCGGACCCCGGUAUAAAUCUGAGGACUGGCCCCAAUUCUCCAAUGCAACAAAGAUUUAAGAGAGGAUAAUAAAACAUAUACAAAGCUACGCAAAUCAGUUCCGGGCUUUUUGUUAUUAGGCAAGGUGUCAUCAACCUUUGGACUUCUUUUUCCUUCUUUUAAUUGAUUUUUUGUUCCUUCCUUUUUUCAUUAUAUUAGAGAAUUGUAUAUGAGAUGUAAAAUUUUAAUACCAAUCAAAUAUAAACAAUUUCCAUA